AUGCAGACUCGAAUAAGAAGCGUUCCGGACCAGCAGGCUCCUGGUGGUUCGGAAUUCCGAAUCGUGACGAAGGCUGUUUGCCUUGAUCCUCAGCAGGCCGCUGAAAAAAGUAGCGGUGCCUUUCAGCUCUUCAUCUGGCUGAUUGCCGAUUCCACCGCGUUUACUUCGGAUGUCCGAAGUAUCUGGCUGAACUUACCGCUUUGGCAUCGCAGGAGAGAUACGGUGACCAACGGGAAGGCGACCAAGAUUCAACUGUUCAACUUCUCCACUCCGCAGAUGCGGGCAUUCCACAUGUCGUGGUUUGCUUUUUUCCUGUGCUUCUUUGCCUGGUUUGGCAUCGCACCAUUGAUGAGCUUUGUGCGAACCGAACUCGACUUAUCAAAGCAGCAGAUUGGUUGGCUUGUCAUCGGCUCGGUGGCCGUCACCGUAUUGGCCAGACUCCUCAUCGGAUGGCUCUGCGAUCGGAUUGGAAUGACGCAGCUCGUGAUGCCGCUUCUCUUCGCCCUGAUGGUUGGAACCAUCGGCUUCAGCGAUGCAAUGGGCUGGCGGAUGUCGAUGGUCGUUGCGGGUAUUCUCUGUGCCUUGACCGGAGUCGCCUAUUGGUUCUUCACACAAGAUACACCCGAGGGCAACUUCGACGAAUUGCGUGCCUCCGGGAAAAUGCCCGACAAGAAAUUCGUUAAGGGAACUUUUCAAGAAACCUGUCGCGACUCCCGGGUAUGGGCCCUGUUUGUGAUCUAUGGUGCCUGCUUCGGUGUCGAACUGACGAUCAACAACAUCGCCGCAUUGUACUUUCUCGACUACUUCGAUUACUUCAAGUCGAUGGACGCACUGAAGGCGGCCAAGAUAGCCGGGCUCUGUGCCGGAUUGUUCGGUCUGAUGAAUCUCUUCGCCCGUACGCUUGGUGGAUAUGUGGGUGAUGUGUUCGGUAAGCGUUGGGGACUGUCGGGCCGUGUGAGAUGGCUUUUCAUCGCGGUUUGCUUUGAAGGGCUGUUCUUGAUGCUCUUCUCGCAGAUGAACGUUCUGAUGCUGGCCCUUCCCGCCAUGUUGCUGUUCAGCUUGUUCGUCCAAAUGUCUGAAGGUGCCACGUUCGCCGUGGUGCCGUUCGUCAACAAACGAGCACUCGGCUCGGUGGCGGGCAUCGUAGGCGCCGGGGGAAAUGCCGGGGCGGUUGCGGCCGGGUUUUUAUUCAAAGCCCAGGCGAUUAACUGGCCUACCGCUCUGCUGAUCUUGGGAGCGAUGGUCACGGCCAGCUCGUUCCUCACCUUUGCCGUACGGUUUAGUGCCGAGGCCGAAACUGAAGUGCUCAAGGAGACGGCCUCCUCGCUGGAAGAAACCGGAGCUGUCCUUGUUCUCAUGGCCAAUCAAGUGCUGGAACACGAGGGUGUCGACGAGCGGCAAUCGCUCGGUCUGAUCGACCUCCUGUUACAAGAGCAGCACGAGUUGACCGCCGUUGAACGUUUCUCGCAGGUCCAUGCUGAACUUGAAACCCCCGUGGGGGAGAAGUACUACCGCGAUCUAAUCCCCACGGGUCUUCCUGGCGAGGGCGAGCAAUUCGCCUUCGAAGUCGAUCUCGAUGCUUGUUCGGGUUGCCAGGCAUGCGUGGCGGCCUGCCACAAUUUGAACGGCUUGGAAGAGAACGAGCUGUGGCGAAACGUGGGCCAGCUUGUCGGUGGCUCGACCAAGCUACCCGUGGUGCAGCAUGUGACCACCGCUUGUCACCACUGCGUUGAGCCGGCGUGUUUGAAGGGAUGCCCGGUUGAGGCGUACGAGAAAGAUCCCGAAACAGGAAUCGUGCGCCAUCUCGACGAUCAGUGCAUCGGUUGCCAGUACUGCACGCUGCAGUGCCCUUAUGAUGUACCGGUCUACAGCAAGUCGAAGGGGAUUGUUCGCAAGUGCGAUAUGUGCCAUCAGCGGCUCUCCGUCGGUGAGGCUCCCGCGUGUGUUCAGUCGUGCCCCAACGGCGCCAUUCGAAUUCGCAUCGUCAACCAAGAAGCAGUGCGUGAGGAGUGCGAACUCGAUCCGUUCCUGCCCGGCACUCCCGACCCCAGCAAGACUAUCCCGACUACACACUACAAGACCGAUCGUGUCUUGCCGCGCAACGUCUUGCCGGCCGACUACUUCAGUGUGCAACAAGCUCACGGUCACCUUCCGCUGGUGAUCAUGUUGGUGCUCACGCAAAUGUCGGUUGGAGCUUUCUUCGUCGAAUACGCGAUGCAUUCGUUCCUAGGUUGGCUAGGUGCUGAUGUGGCCGCAACGGUUCGUCCGGUUCAUCUGGCUGCCGCUUUGGCGCUGGGGAUGUUGGGGCUGGGGGCGGCCAUCUUCCACCUGGGCCGACCUUUCUAUGCCUAUCGAGCGCUGCUGGGGCUGCGAACUUCGUGGCUCAGUCGCGAGAUUCUGGCGUUCAAUGUGUUUGCCGCGGUGGCCACGCUGUACGUGGCAGCGGCUUCGCUUGACUUGGUCGGAUAUCACGUUCCGUUGGCAUGGCAGAAAGCCAUCGGCGCGGCCGCGUCGCUGUCCGGAGUAAUGGCCGUGAUGUGUUCGGUGAUGAUCUACGUUGAUUGUCGUCGACCUUUGUGGACUUUGGGACGCACGACGGCAAUGUUCCUGCUGACAUGUUUGAUCUUGGGGCUGCCUAUUUCAUUGUUACUGUCUUUGUUGGCCGCAUCGGCAGUUAGUGAUCUGAGUAGUGCAGCCGUGAUGUCGCAGUACGGCACGAAGCUAUGCCGCACCUUGGUGGCAGUCACCACGUUGAAGCUGCUUUUAGAACUCGGCAUUUUUGCUCAUCUACGAGAUUGGCAGUACACGGCCCGUCGUCGCACGGCGCUGCUCCUGAUCGGGGAACUUCGCAAGCCCACCAUGCAACGCUUCGCGUGUGGAUUGGUCGGUGGCAUUGGGAUGCCUCUGGUCUUGAUGGCUGGCACGGUUGGGUCCGCUGGAACCUACCAGACCGCGUUUUAUCUCCUCGCCGCUACGACCUCCGUCGCGAGGGCCGACCCGAUGAGCACCGUAAAUACUCCCACUAUCGCCGGCGAAUCGCUACGAGCGAAUUCACUGCUUCGCGCUUACAGUGGCACGUUAACGCAAGACUUAGUCUUAGAACCCGGCAAGUUUGGUCUGGGAAAAGUGCCCAGCAAGCUGAAACCAGAUGCCACCACGCAAAUGGUGUGUGGUUUUUGUUCGACCGGAUGCGGGUUGAACGUUCACCUUCGUGAAGGUGAAGCGACGAACCUCACCCCUGCCGCAGAUUAUCCCGUCAAUCGUGGGAUGGCUUGCCCCAAGGGGUGGGAAGCCCUGUCGGUGCUGAAGUCGGCCGAUCGUGGAACCACGCCGCUGUUGCGCGACGAUCGAGGGCGGAUGCAACCGGUCGACUGGCAGACCGCGAUGGACGAGUUCUGCGGGCGGUUGAAAAGUAUUCAAGCCAAGUAUGGCAACGAGUCGGUGGCAUUUCUCAGCACAGGGCAGAUUCCUACUGAAGAAAUGACCUUCCUCGGGUCGUUAGCCAAAUUCGGUAUGGGAAUGCGACACGGCGACGGCAACACGCGUCAGUGCAUGGCCACGGCCGUGGUGGCCUACAAACAAGCCUUCGGCUUCGACGCCCCGCCGUAUACCUAUCAAGAUUUCGAAGAAUCGGACGUGCUGGUUUUCGUGGGCUCGAACCUGUGCAUCGCCCACCCCAUCAUGUGGCAGCGGGUGUUGGCCAACAAGCACAGCCCCGAGAUCAUUGUUCUCGACCCUCGCCGCACCGAAACGGCGAUGGCCGCCACGCAGCAUAUACCACUGCGGCCGAAGUCGGAUCUGGCCUUGCUCUAUGGCUUGGCUCACAUCCUGAUUCGCGACGGACUGAUUGACGCGGAAUACAUUGCUGAGCAUACCUCGGGAUUCGAGGAGUUCUCCCAGCACGUCGAGAAAUUCACGCCGGAGUACGUCGCUUCGAUUAGCGAUAUCCCUGUCGAACAGCUAGAGAAGGUUGCCCAAACGAUUCACGCCGGUAAGCGGGUUUCGUUUUGGUGGACGAUGGGGGUGAAUCAAAGUUACGAAGGCGUUCGCACAGCGCAGGCGAUCAUCAAUCUCGCCUUGAUGACGGGCAACAUCGGUCGACCCGGCACGGGGGCGAACUCGAUCACCGGUCAGUGCAAUGCGAUGGGUUCGCGGCUGUUCAGCAACACCACGAAUCUGUUGGGCGGGCACGACUUCGCCAACCCCGAGCAUCGCCAGAAGGUGGCCGACAUUCUCGGGAUCGAUCCGGUCGUAAUCCCAGACAAUUCCGGAUACGCCUACAACGAAAUCAUCGAGGGUAUCCUGCGAGGCCGCAUCAAGGCACUGUGGGUCAUCUGCACCAAUACGGCCCAUUCGUGGAUCAACCAGAACACCUGUCACGAGAUUCUGGACCGACUCGACUUUCUGGUGGUUCAGGAUAUGUAUUCGACCACCGAAACGGCCCGUCGGGCCGAUCUCUUCUUGCCGGCCGCCGGCUGGGGGGAGAAGGCGUUGUCCGACUUUUCCAUCUUCAGGCUGAUUGCCGACUCGUGGGGUUGUGGCGAAAUGUUCGCCGAAUGGACCACGCCGGAGAGCGUGUUUAACAAGAUGAAACAACUCUCCGCCGGACAGCCGUGCGACAUCACAGGCAUCGACGACUAUCGCAUGCUGGACGAGUGUGGCGGGAUUCAAUGGCCGUUUACCGAGGGAGAUCGUCAGGAGAAGGCCCAGUCUGACUGUGAAGAGUCGACAGCCGAAAGCGAACUGGAUCGUUGGCAGCAGCGGCGGCUUUUCGCCGACGGGAAGUUCUGUCAUCCCGACGGACGGGCGAAGUUUCUCUUCGAAGACCCCGGUCGCAUGCCGGAAGAACCAAGUGAGAAGUUCCCCUACCUCCUACUAACCGGACGUGGAUCUGCGGCGCAAUGGCAUACGCAGACCCGUACCGCGAAGUCACCGGUUCUCCGUCGGUUGGCUCCCGAGUACGUCUAUUUGGAGAUGAAUCCCGCUGACGCCAAGCGAGAGGGGAUUCGACCGAAUCAAGACUUGAUCGUCGAAUCGCAGCGUGGACGGAUCCGCGCGAAAGUCUUCGUGACACCAACGGUGCAGCCAGGGCAACUGUUCAUUCCCAUGCACUACCACGUAACGAACAAGCUAACGCAUGCCCAUUUCGAUCCCUAUUCCAAACAGCCUUCGUACAAGGACUGCGCGGUCCGCCUGCGACGUGUGGGCUUUUCGGAAGAGCAACUCGAAUACCUGGGUAAUCUCCUCGACCAGCUCGACUUGACCGCGGUGCUUAAACCAACGCCACCGAGCGAUGGAACCUCGGGUAAACCCCAGGCAGUAUACGGAACGCCCUUGGAGGACCUGUGCAGUCAGGAACUUUGGAAACUGGAGGAGCAUCCCGACGAACUGUGGCCCAAACUGCGUGCGCAUGCAGCCGCGGGAAAGAUGCCCGAGGGUGGCGAUGCCUUCAUGUUCAAGCACCACGGUCUGUUCAAUGUAGAACCUGCUCAACCUGGGUUCAUGUGUCGUCUACGGAUUCCCGCGUGCAAGCUCACGGCCGACCAACUUGCUGGGCUUGGCGACUUGGCGGAAGAGUUGGCAGGCGGUUACUCCCACGUUACCACUCGCGGGAACUUACAGGUUCGUGAGAUUGCCCCCAAGAACAUCAUUGAGUUGCUGGAACGUCUGUAUGAUCUGGGGCUUACCAGUAAGGGAAGCGGUGCCGACAGUGUGCGAAACAUUACCUGCAACCCCACGGCUGGCUUCGACCCGCAGGAACUCAUCGAACUCAGCCCUUAUGCCGUUCGCCUGCAUCAUCACAUUCUCAAUACUCCGUCGCUGCAUGGAAUACCUCGCAAGUUCAACAUUGCAUUCGAUGGGGGGGGCACGAUUUCUUCGGUGGCCGACACCAACGACAUCGGGUUUGUUGCUCAACGAGUUUCGGAGGAGUACCUCGACUCACUUCCUGAGAUUCGUGAAGUGGCUCCCGACGGAAUCGUAUGCCGUAUUCUCCUUGGUGGUAUCACAGGGCAUCGCGACUUCGCUAUUUCUGCGGGCUUUGCCUGCACCCCAGGGCAGACGCUCGAUGUGGCGUUGGCCAUCUUGCAGGUGUUCAUCGAAAAUGCCGACCGCACCAACCGCAAGAAGGCUCGGCUGAAAUACCUUCUGGAUGCGUGGGGCCACGAAAAAUUCACGCUCGAAGCUGAAAAGCGAUUGAACUUCGGCUUGUUGCGACUUCCUGAGGAGGCCCUCGAGCCCCGCGGGGCAAUCGACCGGCAGGGUCACGUUGGCGUUCACCCGCAGUUGGGAACCGAUCUGCACUACUUGGGCGUGUCGCUCACGCUGGGGCGGAUGACCGGCGAGCAAAUGCGCGGUCUGGCCGAGGUGUCCAAGCAGUAUGGCAGAGGCGAUCUGAGGCUAACCGUUUGGCAAAACGUGCUCAUUCCGCAUGUGACCAAAGAGAACAUCGAGCCGGCCGUUGCGGCGAUUCGUCGUUUGGGCUUCGAUGUUUCGGCUUCGUCUUUUUCGGCGGGCGUAGUGGCUUGCACGGGAAGGUUCGCAUGUCAGUACGCUUCUACCCAUACGAAAGAACAUGCUCAGGCCGCUGUGGUUCACCUGCAGGAGCGGUUUCAACUCGAUCAGCCGAUCAACAUCCAUCUCACCGGUUGUGUGAAUAGCUGCGCGCAACACUACAUCGGGGAUAUCGGGCUGUUGGGGGCCUCGACUGAGGACGGUCGCGAGGCCUAUCAGGUUUUCCUCGGCGGCGGCUGCGAUCGAGAUCAAGGUGUCGCUAGCUUUCUACACGGUCCUGUGCCAGCCGACGAACUGAAUGUCUUUCUCACCGGCGUCAUUGCAACAUACCUGUCUCGCCGCGAACCAGAAGAAUCGUUUCUUUCGUUCGUGCGGCGGCAUGACAGCAAAGUUUUACAAGAAAUGUUUCUUUCGCCGCAGGCUGUCUAUCUCGGAAAGCAAACGGCGGCGCGAGCGUUGACUGAAACUUCCGAUGUGGCGACCUACAAGAUUCAACAACCGGUCGUUUCCAACCAACAUAAGGCCAACGCACCAGGUGCUCCGCUGACCAUCGCCUAUGGCUCGCAGUCGGGUAACGGCGAGGCGUUAUCGAAAGAUCUCCGCAAAACAGCUCGCAACCGGGGGUUCGGUCCCAAUGUGUGCUCAUUGGACGAGUUGGAUUUCGGGGCACUCGAAGAUAUUCAGCAUUUACUGAUUAUCUGCUCUACUUUCGGGGAGGGUGAUCCGCCAGAUAACGCCAAAAAGUUCACCGCUUGGUUGAUGUCAGACGCUGCCCCUCAGUUGCCAAACCUUCAUUACAGCGUCUGCGCACUGGGCGAUCAAAGCUACACGUUCUAUUGCAAGGCUGGUAUCGAUAUCGACCGGCGGUUGCAAGAACUGGGUGCCACCCGGGUUGCCGACUGUGCACUGUGCGAUGUCGACUACGAUGAUGCGUUCGCAACGUGGAAGGAAGCGGUCUUCACUCACGAGUCGAUGAUCGAAGUUGCCAAGGACGCCGGCGGGCAAUUGAUUGAAGCGGAAGAAGUCGAUGAAGCCUCGAGCCCGGUGAGUUGGACUAAGACGAACCCCUUUGCGGCUACGUUGCUGAAAGUGCAAAACUUGAACGGCCCCGGCUCGGCGAAAGAGGUGAACCAUGUGGAGAUCAGCUUAGCCGGGUCAGGAUUGGAGUACGAAGUCGGAGAUGCGCUGGGGCUGUGGCCAGUGAAUUGUUUUGAGAGCGUGCAGGAUAUUCUUGACGCCGGAGGGUUCUCUGGCGAAGAGUGUGUCACGUUCAAGGGGCAACAGUGGCCCCUUCGAGCGGUCUUGUUGCGAAAGUGCGAUCUGCAUGUCCUCACCCCGGCGGUGCGUGAGAAGCUGGAGCUGCCCGUCGAAGAAGACUGGUUACGGGACCGGCACUUGAUCGAUCUUCUAACGGAGUUCGCACCCACGGUUGAUGCGCAAACGCUGGUCGAUUCGCUGCGUCCGUUACAGCCGCGGCUGUAUUCGAUUGCGUCCAGCCCGAAGGCCCAUCCCGAGCAGGUGCAUUUAACCGUGGGCGCCGUGCGAUACUCGAUGCACGGUCGCGAUCGACAGGGGGUCGCCUCGACGUAUCUCGCCGAUCGACUCAACCCAGGCUGUUCGGUCGAAGUCUAUCUGCAGAAGUCGGCCCACUUUCGUUUGCCCGACGAUCCCAAGGUGCCGAUCAUCAUGGUUGGGCCCGGCACGGGGAUCGCACCCUUCCGCGCGUUUCUGGAAGAACGAAUGGCCGUGGGUCGCGCCGGGAAGUCGUGGCUUUUCUUCGGUGAUCAGCACGAAGACUGCGAUUUCCUCUACCGCGAUUGGCUGUUGGGCUGUUGCGAAGACGGUUCGCUUACGCGUCUUGAUGUGGCUUGGUCGCGCGAUUCAGAAGAGAAAGUCUAUGUGCAGCACAAGAUGCUGGAGGCCGGGGCCGAACUUUUCGCCUGGCUGGAAGAGGGAGCCCACUUUUACGUCUGUGGCGACGCUUCGCGGAUGGCUCACGACGUCGACUCCGCGCUAAAGAACAUCAUCGCCCGUCACGGCGGUAUGAGCAUCGACUCGGCCGCAGAGUAUGUCGAUCGGCUUAGUGCCGAACACCGCUACCAGCGUGAUGUGUACUAA